GCCGCGGCGCCGCCUGGGAGCCGACUGUCCGCCACCUUGAAUUUAAAGGAUCCGCGGAGAAAACAACAGCGAGCGGAGGGAGGGAGCGUCACCCGAUCUCGUUCCCCCGGAGAGAGAGAGCGCCAGUGUCCGGCCACACACGCAGCUUUCGGCGGGCUCCCGGAACAUGUCCACGAUGGUUUACCCCAGGGACGAGAAGCUGGAGAAGCUCAGCCAGGAGGACAUCAUCUCCAACACUAAGCUGGUGAUGCAGGGGCUGGAGGCGUUGAAGAAUGAGCACAACUCCAUCCUGCACAGCCUCAUGGAGACCAUCAAGUGCCUGAAGAAGGAUGAGGAGGCCAACCUGGUGCAUGAGAAGUCCAGUCUGAUCCGCAAGUCAGUGGAGAUGAUUGAGCUCGGCCUGGGCGAGGCGCAGGUGAUGAUGGCCCUGUCAAACCACCUGAACGCGGUGGAGUCGGAGAAGCAGAAGUUGCGGGCGCAGGUGCGCCGCCUGUGCCAGGAGAACCAGUGGCUGCGGGACGAGCUGGCGGGGACACAGCAGAAGCUGCAGCGCAGUGAGCAGGCCGUGGCCCAGCUCGACGAGGAGAAGAAGCACCUCGAGUUCAUGAACCAGCUGAAGAAAUAUGAUGACGACACAUCCCCCUCGGAUGAGAAGGAGGGUGAGACCUCAAGAGAUUCGCUGGAUGACCUAUUUCCCGAGGAGGAGGAGCAUGGCCCUGGAGCAGCCUCGCAUGCCCACAGCAGCAGCGCUGUGGCCGCGGCGCAGCAGUGCGGUUACGAGAUCCCAGCCCGCCUGCGGACUCUGCAUAACCUGGUGAUCCAGUACGCCUCGCAGGGCCGCUAUGAGGUGGCCGUACCACUGUGUAAACAGGCGCUGGAGGACCUGGAGAAAACCUCCGGCCACGACCACCCCGAUGUGGCCACCAUGCUCAACAUCCUGGCCCUGGUGUACAGGGACCAGAACAAGUACAAGGAAGCUGCACACCUCCUCAAUGAUGCUCUGAACAUUCGGGAGAAAACCCUGGGCAAGGACCACCCAGCCGUGGCAGCGACCCUGAACAACCUGGCCGUUCUGCACGGGAAGAGGGGCAAGUACAAGGAGGCCGAGCCCCUGUGCAAGAGGGCGCUGGAGAUCCGUGAGAAGGUGCUGGGCCGAGACCACCCUGAUGUGGCGAAGCAGCUGAACAAUUUGGCCCUGCUGUGCCAGAACCAGGGCAAGUACGAGGAAGUGGAGUACUACUACCGGCGGGCUCUCGACAUCUACCAGAGCCGGCUCGGCACCGACGACCCCAACGUGGCCAAGACCAAGAACAACCUGGCCUCCUGCUACCUGAAGCAGGGCAAGUACAAGGAAGCCGAGACUCUGUACAAGGACAUUCUGACCCGCGCUCACGAGAAGGAGUUUGGAUCUGUCAAUGGGGAGAAUAAACCCAUCUGGAUGCACGCAGAGGAACGGGAGGAGAUGAGCAAGGGCCGGCAUAAGGACAGUGCUCCCUACGCAGAAUAUGGCGGCUGGUACAAGGCGUGCAAGGUCAAUAGCCCCACAGUGAACACUACACUGAGGAAUCUUGGAGCCCUGUACCGGCGCCAGGGUAAGCUGGAGGCUGCCGAGACCCUGGAGGAAUGUGCCACCCGUUCUCGCAGACAGGGUUUGGACCCCAUUCACCAGAGCCGCGUGGUGGAGAUCCUGAAGGAUGGGGAGACAGUGGAACGCCGGCGCAGCCUGGCAGGAAAUCCGGUGAAGUAUGAGGGAGGCACAGAGGGCAGCGAGGAGGUCAACGUCGGAGUGGAGUGGACCGGGGACGGCAGUGGGUCCUUACGUAGAAGCGGCUCCUUUGGGAAGAUCCGGGAUGUUCUAAAGCGAAGCAGUGAGAUGUUGGUGAAGAAAUUGCAGGGGAAUGCUCCACCUGAGCCCAAGAACCCCAGCAUGAAGCGGGCAUCUUCCUUGAAUUAUCUGAACCGGACCAAUGAUGAACUCUUUCAGGCCUCGCGGAGUAACCUGGCCGAGUCGAGAGGUCUGAGUGCCAGUAACGUUGACCUGUCACAUCGCCACUCCCUGGGGCAAAACUAGAGGGGCAGCCCGCCUGGCUCUGAGUCAGUCCUCAGACCCACACCCUGACCCCUCACCUGUAACCCUGUGGUGGGUUCACUCAGAUGCUCCCACUUCCUUCCUUCCUGUGGGUCAGUGAGUUAAUCAGCUGCUGUAAAUGCCCCCAAGUGUGUGGGUGGGGGAACUAGAGGAGAAAUGAGUGGGGAAGGAUGUGUCUGAGAGCUGGCAUUGAGUCAUUGGGCUGAAUGGCCUCAAUUUUGGCCAUAAGAACACAUGCAAUCCCCCGUGGAGAGGCCAAGGGCUGGGAAGUGUCAGUGUGACUGACAGAGAGCAGGUCAGAGGGGCUCUGUGAGCUGGCAGCGAUCUAAUAGGGUAAAGGGCAGAGGGAGAGUGGAGUACUCCCUCACUCCUGUCACAGCUCCAACCUCCAGUUCCUCACUCCUACCCCAGAUGACAGUGCCCACUCACAGACCCACCAACAACCUCCCCCCCCCACCCCAACCCAGAUGUGGGCAGUUCCCCCAACUUUAACAACAAUGGUGCCUUGGUCCACGUCUCCCUUUUCCCUUCCUCCUCCACCCUACAGCCUGUGUGUGCUCUGUGGGAGGGAGGGGCUCACUCUGCUGUGACAGGCCACUCCCUGCCCCCCUUCGUCCCCUUGGCUCAUGGUCCGGGUCCGGCGCGCCAGCCUGCUGUUUCCGUCUGACAUUCGGACACAUUUGACACUACAGGGAGACACUUUCCCGAAGCAGACCCUCAUCUAACACCUUGCGAAAAGUGACUUCUAAAGCAGGCCGGCAGUUGUGUGUUUACACUGGCCCAGCUUGUGUACAGUCACACACAGUCUGCCCCUGGCUGGUAUACAGACUCGUCUCUCAGUCAUUGAAUGUAGAGGAGUGCGAUUGUCUCUGGCACACUGCCCAGCUGCUGAACCAGAAUAGAUGUGCUGUUUUCUGUAGUCGUAGACCAAGUGAAUGGACUUGAUUUAAACGGUCCCAAGGCGAUCCUUGUGCCCUGAUUUACACACUUGAAGCAGAUUUGUCUAACUGGGUUCGCAUCCCAGUGACGUGAGCAGAGACUUCUGGAAAUACUCAGCAAGUCAGGAAGCAUCUGUGGAGAGGAAGUUACCGUUUCUGGCCAAUCAGCUCAUCCACUGGGGUCGUUGACGUGAACCACGCUCUCUGCUACUCUCUCCGCAGAUGCUGUCUGACUGCCUGCCAUUCUGUUUUUCUGACUUCCAACAUCUGCAGAUCUUUUCUCUGGGUUGCAGUGGUUCUCUGAUGCAACCCUCAAUCUGUUUCCAUCAAUAAAGUUUGAUUUGAAAGAACUGUGUGAUAUAACCAGGCUCUUGGCAACCUGCCAGAGAGAGCAGAGAAAACCUGGGAGUGUUUUGGCAGCUUGCUGUUUACAUUAAUGACCAGUGGAAGGAACAGUGUGUCGGGUUUCCACAAAUUUGCCAGUGUGGAGCUAUGUUGUAAUAGGAAUACAGUGAUUUUAAAAUGGGACAGAGACAGAUUGAGUGAGGGGGUAGAAGACCACCAAAUGAGUUUAAUGUUGGGAAGUGUGAAGUACUUCGGUAAGGGGGAUCAAAUGACUAAGUGAAGUAAAAAGUGAAAAACUCAAAAGAGUCGUGGGUAGAUGGAACGAGCUGUUGAAGAAAGUGGUAAAAGCGAGCUUUGGUGAAAAUGAUCGCCCUUAAACCUUUCUCCUCCUGCCUUAGUUUUAGACUCCCCUACCCUGGGAAAAAUCUGUCUGUCCGAUCUGUGCCCCUCAUAAUUUCAGCUGUACAUGGUUACCCCACAGCCUCCUUCACUGCAGUGAAAACAAAAGUACAAAGGAAAUUUUAUUGUCAAACUACAUAUAUGUUACCAUUUACAACACUGAGAUACAUUUUCUUGGUGGCAUAUUUAACAAAUCUAUAGAAUAGUAACUAUAACAGAAUCAAUGAGUGACCACCAAACUGGGGCUUUCAACCAGAAUGCAGAAGACAACAAACUGCAAAUACAAAAAGAAGAAACAAAAAUAUAAAUAAAUAAGCAAUAAAUAUCAGAACAUGAUACGAAGAGUCCUUGAAAGUGAAUCCAUUGGUUGUGGGAACAUUUCGAUGAUGGGGUAUAGACAGAUAGGAACAAAUGAGGUGUUAUGGGGUAUAAGAAAUGCAAGAAAACACUUAGAGAAAUCAGGAGGGCUAAAAGAAGGCAUGAGAUUAUCCAAGCAGACAAGGUGAAGGAGAAUCCUAAGGGACUCUACAGAGAUGUUAAGAGCCAAAGGAUUGUAAGGGACAAAAUUGGUCCUUGGGAAAUCAGAGUGGUAAUCCAUAUGUGCAGCCAAAAGACUGGAGAGAUAUUAAAUGAAUUUCUUGCAUCUGUAUUUACUCAGGAGAUAAGACACAGAGUCCAGAGUCAACUUCAUGGACCCUAUACAGAUUACAGAGGAGCAGGUGUUUGCUGUCUUGAGGCAAAUUAGGGUGAAUAAAUCCCCAGGGCCUGACAAGGUGUUCCCUCAGACCCUGCGAGAGGCAAGUGCAGAAUUUGCUGGGGCCCGAGCAGAUAUUAAAAUCAUCCUUAGCGACAGGUGAAGUACCGGCGGAUUGUAGGAUAGCAAAUGUUGUUUCACUGCUUAAGAAAGGCUCUAAAAAAUAAACUAGGAAAUUAUAGGCUGAUAGGCCUGACAUCAAUAGUGGGAAAGUUAUUGGAAGGUAUUCUAAAGGACCAGAUAUGUGAGUAUUUAGAUAGACAGGGACUGAUUAAGGAAUGUCAGCAAGGCUUUGUGCGAGGUAGGUUGUGUCCAACCAAUAUUAUGGAGUUUUUCAAGGAAGUUACCAGGAGAGUUUAUGAAGGCAAGGCAGUGGAUGUACAUAAAGUAGCAAUGUCUUUACCAAGAUCCCACAUAGGAGGAUGGUCAAGAAGGUUCAGUCGCUCAGCAUUCAAGAUGAGGUAGUAAAUUGGAUAAGACAUUGGCUUUAUGGGAGAAGCCAGAGAGUGGUAGUAUAUGAUUGCCUCUCUGAUUGGAGGCCUGUGACUAGUGGAGUGCUGCAGGGGCUGAUGCUUGGUCUGUUUGUCAUCUAUUUCAAUAAUCUGGUUGAUAAUGUGGUUAAGCAUAUUUGUGGAUGACACCAAGAUUGGGGGUGUAGUGGACAAUGAGGAAGGCUAUCAUGGCUUGCAGCAGGGUCUGGGCCAGCUGGAAAAAUGGCAGAUGAAAUUUAAUGCAGACAAAUGCGAGGUCUUGCAUUUUGGUAGGACCAACUAGCGUUUCUCUUACACAGUGAACAGUAGGAUACUGAGGAGCAUGGUAGAACAAAGAUCUGGGAAUACAGGUCCAUAAUUCAUUGAAAGUGGUGUCACAUGUACAGUGGUGCUAGGAAGUUUGUGAACUUUGUCGAAUUUUCUCUACUUCUGCUUAAAUAUGACUAAAAUGUGAUCAAAUCUUCAUGUCCUAAAACUAGAUAAAGAGAGUCCAUUUAAAUAAGUCAAAAAUUAUACUUGUUCAUUUAUUUAUUGAGAAAAAUGAUCCAAUACUAAAAGUAUAUGAACCUUUGCUUUCAGUAACUGAUGUGACCCCCUGUACAGCAAUAAUUUCAAUCAAACAUUUCUGGUAACCGUUGAUCAAUUGUGCACAUCAGCCUGGAGGAAUUUUAGGCCAUUCCUCCUUACAAAACUGCUUCAUCUCUGGGAUAUUGGUGGGCUUCCUUGUAUGAACUGGUUGCUUCAGGUCCUUCCACAACAUUUCUGUAGGAUAAUGGUCAGGAUUUUGACUUGUCCAUUCCAAAACACGAAUUUUCUUCUUCUUAGACCACUCUAUUGUUGAUUUACCCUUGUCUUUCAGAUCUUCUUGUUGCAUUAUCCAAUUUCUAUUAAGCUUCAAGUGACAACUGCUACCCUGACAUUCUCCUAUAAAAUGUCUUGAUACAAUUUUGAAUUCAUUGUUCCCUCAAUGAUUGCAAGCUGUCCAGGCCCUGGUCAGCAAAGCAGCUUCAAAGUAUGAUGCUCCUUCCACCAUGCUUCACAGUGCCUUUUUCCUCCAAAUAUUGCCAUGUGCAUUUCUGCCAAAAAGCUCAACUUUUGUCUCACCUGUCCACAGAAUAUUUUCCUGGAAGAGUUGUACAACAUCCAGGUGGUCUUUUGCAGACUUGAAUCAUGCAGCAAUGUUUUUUAUCUGGAGAGCAGUGGUUUCCUCCAUGGUGUCCUUCUAGGAGCACCAUUCUUGUUUUAUUUUUCUUAUAGUGGACGCAUGAACAGUUCUAGAGAUUUCUGCAGGUGUUUUGCUGUUACCAUUAAGUUCUUUUCACCUUCUUCAGCAUUACACAUUGUGCUCUUGGUAUAAUCUUUUGCAGGAUGCCCACUCCUUGGGAGAGUAGCGAGAGUUUCUCUUACUGUGGACUGAUGAACACUCAGGUCUUCAGAAAUACUUUUGUAACCCUUUCCAGCUUGAUGCAUCUCUACAAUUCUUAUAAAGUCCUCUGAAAGUUGUUUCGAUGUUGGCGUAGUGCACAUAAACAAAUCUUUCUUGAGAAGAGCAGGCUCUGUCAGCAACCUGACUUUGUGUGUGUGUGUUUAUAGGGCAGGGCACCUCCACAACCCACACCUCCAAUCUCAUCUCAUUGAUUAGAAUGCCUGACUCCAAAUCGCUUUUGGAGAAGGCAUUAUCCCAGAGGUUCACAUACUUUUUCCAACAAAUACAUGUAAUAUUGGGUUAUUUUUCUCAAUAAAUAAAUGAACAAGUAUGUUUUUGUGUUAUUUAUUUAAUUGGGUUCUGUUUAUCUAGUUCUAGGACUUAUAAGGAGAUCUGAUCACAUUUUAGGUCAGAUUUAUACAGAAAAUUCUACAGGGUUCACAAACUUUCUAGCACCACUAGAUUGAAUUGACUUUAUUUCUUAUAUCCUUCA